AGACUUCCUUCCAGUAUGCUGCCCGGAGUUGUGCACCUAAUCUGAAGUAGGUGCCUGGUUGACCACCUGGAUGUUGAUUUUUGAGGCUCGAAUUAAAAAGCCCAAAUAAAAGGUGAACAGCUGGGGUACUCCCACAUAGACACUAGGCUCCAGAUCUACGUCGUUUUGUUGUCAAAAUGGACGCUUGCUGCUUGUGUACUCCGUGGAAUCUUGCAGUUGCUGCAGCUGUGCUGUGUGUUCUUUACGUGUUGUCCAAACAGUUUGUGUUCAGGAAAGGCAACCCGCCGCCUGGGCCUCGGGGAUGGAAGGGUUUUAUGGAGAUCUUACAAGCGGGCCGUGAUGACUCUCUGUACGAGGCAGCUUGGGGAUGGGCGGAAAAAUAUGGAGACAUGACAUUCUACACUGUGUUAGGUCAACCUAUAUGCAUACUCAACUCGGCGGAUAUUGUUCGGAGACUCAUGGGCUCGGACGAGUACAAACUGCUCACAUCUGACCGUGAUCUUAAUGUGGUGUCCGAAUUUGCGUGGUAUAACGGAAAGGAGCUUUUUUUCACACCUUAUAACUCCCAGACUAGACAGAAGAGAACUUUGUUCCACAAGAUGAUGGGAAUCUAUGGGGAAGGUGUGGACAAGUUUGAGAGCGUUGUUGGUAAUGAGCUUGACCGCAUUUUGGAGGAGAUGGAUACUGCUAGAGCUACAGGCCAGGAUAUACCCAUAUCUCAGAUUUUGUCCAGAUCUCUGAAGAUCAUUUUAUACGUGCUGGUCAAUGGUGACAUCGAUCCUGAAAAACUCAGCCUGGAUGUCGUGGAUACAAUGGAUCGCUAUGACAAUGCAGUAAACCGGAUGCUUGACAUGCAAACUCUCACAGCCCUCACUUUCUUCCCGCCACUUCGCAAGGUCGGCAAAUACAAGAAAAUUUGCGAUGACGUCACUGAGAGCAAAAUUGAGGCUGAGAAAAUUAUGUUUGAAGACCUCAAGUCCACGUACCAAGAGGGCAAAGUGCGGGGUAUAGCCGAUGCGAUACUCCAUUUCCAGAGCCAGCCCGGACACGAAUGGCUGGACGAUGAGAAUGUCAAAGGCUUCCUCACCGCUACCUUUUUCGCGGCUCACAUGACGACACGUGCCAGUUUAUUGAACAUGGUGCUGACUUUGACCCACCACCCAGAGGUCGCACAACGAAUACAGGAGGAGAUCGAGUCUGUGCUCGGGGAUCGAAUACCGCGCGUCGAGGAUCGGCUGAGUAUGCACUAUACGGAAGCUGUGAUUCUCGAGAAUCUCAGAUAUGUCAGCCAGCUCGCCCUCAGUAGCCUACGCAGUGCCCGCGAGGACAUCCACAUUGAUGAUCAGGUCAUCCCAAAAGGCACACAGUUCCUGGUGAACCAGUGGUUCUUUCAUCAUGACCCCAAAAUGUGGGACGAUCCCUGGACGUUCAAGCCUGAACGAUUUUUAGAUGAGAGUGGAGUCAUACUGCCAGCCAAUCAUCCAGUGCGCAAAAAGAUUCUGCCCUUUGGACAUGGUCUCAGAAUGUGUCCUGGUGAGACGUUUGCAAGAUCCCGUAUCUUUCUGUUCAUGGUGAUGAUCCUCCAGAAAUUUGACCUCCUUCCUCCGGAGAACGAAACUCUACCAUCCUGUGACCCGAGAGAAAACCUGAAGGGGGUCAUAAGACAGGCACCACCGUUCAAGUGCAGACUGCGGAAUCGCCGAGAAGCUGAGAGCAGUAAAGAGUGACUUCUAUUCUUUUCUGACCUAUUUACAGUGAGCAUUAUACUUGCUUGAACCAAUUUAUGCAUACUAUAAUAAUAUAUAACAAAGGAGUUACCAUUAGUGUUUUUACAGAAUUUCCAAAGUCUCUUUGUAUACAUGAUAUUAUCAUCAUCAUCUGGUGCCUUGCCGACUGGCGUGGGCAAUCAUGAACCUCCACUUCACUCUGUCUUGAG